AUGGACGCGUUCGUGUCGCGAAAGAGGAAGUGGGCUGAACAAUCACCAAAGUCGGUAGAGAAUAUAAGCGUGCAGCAAGAAGAGGACUCUACCGACUUCAAGCUGGCUAUACUGGCAUCUCUACACCCCAAACUCGACGAAGGCACCCUGCUUGAAGCAUUGCUCGCCGCUGAUGGACAUGUGGAACAAGCCUCGGAGUCGUUAUCGCAGCCGAGGAAGCGGCCUGCAUCAUCUACAGUUGGCUAUCAAUCAUCGUUGAGCUCGUAUCGCAUUACUCCGGCCAACGGGACAUCCACGAAAAAGCCAAUGGUAAAGAAAGGGAAGACACUGUUUCUUUACAGCCCAGAGGAUGUUGAAGCACACACGCCUUGCUCCAUCAUCCAUAACUUCCUCCCCGCAAAGCAAGCAGAAGCACUGCUGUCUCAAUUGUUGGAAGAAGCGUCCUCGUACAAUAGGUAUAAGUUCAAGCUGUUCGAAAGAGUAGUUUUGAGCCCGCACACGUAUUCCUUCUACGUCAACAGCCUAGAAGAGGCAGAAAAACAGAAGACGGAGUACAUUUACAACGGCGGCGAGCUCGAGGAUGUCCGGCAAAGCACAUCAGAAAUGCUCAACGCAUGUCCCCAGGUUGAAGAGGCCGUCAACCGCGAAAUCCAACGCAGGAUCCGCGACUUCUACCCCUCCGGCAAGAAACUCAAAUACCAAUCCCCUCACCCAUGGAAAGCCAACACAGCCUUUGUGAACUGCUACGAUGGACCACAAGAAAGCGUCGGCUACCACGCGGAUCAAUUGACCUACCUUGGCCCAAGAGCCAUCAUUGGCAGUCUAAGCCUGGGAGUAGCGCGCGAAUUCCGCGUUCGCAAGAUCCUCGCCGAAGACGACUCUGUGCACCGCAAACAAGACGGCUCACUGGCCGAUGCGCAGGGCCAGAUUAGCAUCCACCUGCCGCACAAUUCGCUCCUGGUCAUGCACGCCGAGAUGCAGGAGGAAUGGAAACACUCGAUAGCUCCGGCUCAAGCUAUCGAUCCUCACCCACUUGCAAAGAAUAAACGGCUGAAUAUCACGUAUCGUUUUUACAAGGAUAGUUUGCAUCCGAGGAAGAAGGAGAGUAGAGGCAGGUACAUGUGGAUGUGUCAUGCAGGUUAUGUGCCGGGGAGGGAGAGCUGCGGAUUUUUCCAGUGGGCAGAGUUUGAUGAGGAUGGGGAGCCGCCGUGGGCUGGGAAGAUCAAGAAGGAGGAACGAAGGAGUGGGGAAGAAGGAAGAGCUGGUGUUGAACAUGUAUCAAUACCGCUGGUACACUACACUGGACAACAAAUCGGAACUUUACUCGGACCUAUUCUACCGCCAUACCAACCAAACAUGCCACCUCUCUUCCCCUACCAAGCCAUCAUGCUCCGACCACAGAUCGAUCGAACCGGAGACCACAUACCACUGUCAACCUCUCCGCCAGCCAAUGAGAUACUGGAUAGUCUUCUCACAGGCUAUCUUUGGGGCUGUCUCCUUGUGGCUUUGUUUCUCGUCGUAUACUUCGCCAUCAGCUUCUGUGUCUGGGCGAUUGGGGCGGCGCUGACUACUAUCGAUACGGUAAUGGACCGCCUUCGACCACGCGAUGUUCACCCGGGCGCCCACACGGAUGCUGUGUUGAUGGCAUCCCCCUUGUCCAAGACGUACGAGACUGCAUAUCCGGAGCGGAUCUUCUCGUUGAGCGAGGACGAUAUGCAGAUGUGGCCAUGUGACAAGACUGAUAAGGGCCUGGAGCAUGCAAUCUCGCGCACAGAGAGAGACAUAGUGCUAGAAGAGAAGGGGGCAGAAGAAUCUCUGGAACUUCGCAUUGUCGGUAAUUCCAUCGAUGAUCCUAUUCAUCACACAUCUUCUGGCGAUGUGAUCAUCGUGGACACUAUCCCUAAUACCUCCAACGCCUUUCCUGGUCUCGAUCGCCUCGUUGUUUCUAUACAACUCUGA